AUGGUACGGACGGGACGGGCCGGGCCGGGCUGGGGACCGGGGACAGGCGCCGGUGGCACCGGGGACUGCGACAGCGGCCGGGAUGGGACCGGGGACCGGCGGCACCUGGAGCGGGGAGCGGGGAUGGGGAGCAGAGGCGGCGGCGGCGGAGAACGGGGACGGAGGUGGCACCGGGGACAGCUGGGGACGGAGAUCGGUGACACCGGGGAUGGGAUCGGCAGCGGGGACCGGCGCUGGGGAUGGGGACCGGGGCGGCCGAGCCCCGACGGCGGCAGGAGCAUCACCGGGAACCGGAUGGGGACGGGCGGGGAGGGACGGGGAUGCGGUGGCGCGCGGACCGGGCUGUGGCAGUCCCGGAGACCGGGCUGUGGUGGCACCGGGGGCUGUGCCA